AGAGGGAAGGGAAAUAUUGCAGGUUUCGACAUGGAGGAGAAGAGGAAGAAGAAGAUGCAACCGUCGCCUUCUCGCCGGGAAAAUGCGCCGGAAAACCAUCGCGUUCAUCAUAAGAAGACAAUCGGGUGCAUGUCCGGCAUUCUUCAACUCCUCUCUCGCCACCACUCCCGCCGCCGCAUCCCUUCUGCAGCAAGGAAAGAGAUAAUCGAAACCCCUCCGACUUCGACAUCUACUCCGAUCGUACAACAGCCGGAUUUCACUGGGAUAAAUACCGCACGGACGCCGGUGAACGCCGAUUUGGAAUUUUCAAGUGAAGCGGGCGGUUUAUCGAGUCGAAGUCCUACACUGCCGUCGGAGAUCCGGAGAUCGGGUGGAUGUUUUGAUCGCGGGGACAGCCCCAGGCAAUCUCCGGCGCUGGUGGCUCGUCUGAUGGGGUUAGAAGACCCGCCGCUGCAGCGGCAGCUGCCGAAGCCGCCUCCCGAGUCGGAGUCAGCGGAGGAGAAGAGGCGGAAGCUACUCGGGGCUCUGGAAAGGUGCGAUGAGGAUCUCCGCUCGCUCAAGAGGAUCAUCGACGCUGUUCGAGCGGCGGAGAUGAUCCACAUGAAAGAUGAAACAGAUUCGCCGAUCCAGGAGUUGAAAUUCCUGGAUGGAAACGGCGACCAACCUAGCCCCGUCUCUGUGCUUGAUGGCUUUUCCUCUCCUAAAUUCUGCGCUUCAGAAAAUGAGGAGGUGCAGAAUAAGUCCUUGAGCUCGGUCGAGGUGAGCUGCCAUGCCCCCCGUCGGAUUACGAUCGAAGGAAUCCGUCGCCCGCCAUCGGAUCAUAAGAGAAUAUUAAAGGAUCACACAGUCGUAGCAGAUUCGUCAUCGUCGGCAGCCCUUAAAUCCUUCGCCGCCGGCCGGUGGCGGUGGAGAUGGAGGAGGAGCCAGGCCAUGGUGGAAAACGUCGGGGAAGUUGGAGAAGAUGCAAUUUGUGAAGAAAGAAGAGAGGUUGUGAGAGUUGAAGUGGAUUUGGCUGAUGAUGUACUUGGAGAUCUCGUCGACCAACUUAUUAUAGAGCUGGUGGAGAGCUGUUCUAAGCUCUGCCUUCAAACGGUAAGGUGUAAGAGGAAACUGUGUUUGUAGUAUUGGUUGUGGGUUCAUCAUGGAACCAUCUCUGCAAAAAUUAGAGAUGACUAAUCAUUGCAAGAAGUCAUUGUAGCAAGAGCCAGGCUUCGUUUGGAAUGACUUUUUUUUUGCUUUUUAAAGCAGUUUUAUAGUACAAAUUUUUUUAAUUUUGUACUAAAAAACGGCUUUAAGAAACAGAAAGAAAGCCGUCCCAAACGAAGCCUAAGACACAUGUGAUUUUGCAUGAGUGAUGCUAUGAUAUUGUGGGGUGUUAGAUUUCUCUCAUGAUUCGUGUGUGAUUGUAGUUAAGAUGGCUAUUAGAUCUCUUUUGAUUGUUGGAUUUGAUUUUCAAUAUGAGAAUUGCUCUUUUCUCUUGCUUAA